GACAGCAGACAACUUGUUGCCACAUUCCGCGAACUAUCAAUUGGAUAGGCAGUGAACCUUCUCAUGCCUCUGUCCUUCGUGUGUGGUGCUGAAACAGUGUCUGGCAAUUGUUUGUCGCUUAUUCGCGAUACGCCGAGAACAGCGGGCUUUCUCGCUUGAAUUUGGGGUUUCAUUGAGAACAGAAGAGCCGACAGUAUUAGGUCUCCAAAGAAGAAAAAUAUCAUAGGCAUUUAGUUUGUAAAUCAUUUUACGAAAAGUUUAGUAAAAUUCGCCAGGGGCGCCAUGGCUUUUAUGGUGAAAUCUGUUGUUGGGGGUCAACUGAAGAAUCUUACUGGGGGAUUAGGAGGAGGUGAAGAAAAAACGGAAGGUGAAAAAUCUGAAGCGGCUGCCCAGGGGAUGACAAGGGAGGAGUUUGAGGAAUACCAAAAGCAACUGGUAGAAGAAAAAAUGGAGCGGGAUGCAAAUUUUGCGCAGAAAAAAGCAGAGCGGGCUACAGUGCGCACCCACUUCAGAGAGAAGUACCGACUGCCGAAGAAUGAACUGGAUGAAUCCCAGAUUCAACUUGCUGCUGAUGAUGUGGAACUGCCAAAAGAGCUAGCUAAAAUGAUUCAAGAAGACAAUGAGGAGGAGGAGGAAAAGGACUCUGUCAUUGCCCAGUUAUCCAAUAUUCAGAACUUGGACCUGGAUUCAAUAAAAGAUAAGGCACAGGCCACCCUUGAAGACCUGAAGCAAAGUGCUGAAAAAUGCAGUAUCAUGUGAUGAGUUUUAAAAUUGUAGUUUACUUUGUCUCAAAAACUCACAUUACUACAGGUUUUGGCCCUAAGAACAAAUGCCCACAAUCGACCACCCUCCUAAAAGACCCAUUCAGAAUUAGAGGAAUCUGAAACAAAAGUAUAUCACAAAAUUAGGAGCAUGUUUAUUGUAUUGCAUUAAAUUAUCAACUCAUCAGCCAAUUUCCUAAUCAGCUGCCUAAUCCAAGUGUAGGGUUGUGGGGGAACCUGGAUUAGGUGCAGGUUCAUCGUGAGGCACAUUCACACACACACACACACAUAUACACUCAUUCACACUCCAGUAUACAUGUCUUUAAGAUGUGGGAAGAAAAACACAUGCAGAGAUUGUGCAAAUUCCGCAAAAGUACACAGCAACCAUGCCAUCAUUUAGACUCAGGAUUUUAAAGCUGUGAACUAGCAGUGUUAAAAGCUCUUCCACUUUCUGAUUAUUUACUUCAGUAUUAAGCUAUUUAUAUUAUCUUGAAACCCUGGUUAUUUUUCCUAGAUUACAUAAGACUUGUCAUAAUCCUUGUUGAUUAUUUUUAUCCUUUAUAUUGAAAAUUAACAUGUAAAAAUUGAAAUGAGAUAUUAUUGAAAGAAGAUGCAAUAACACGAAAAGAAAGCAAUCGGAGAUGAAACUAUGUUCUGAUUUGAUGUUAGUUUCAUCUGUAGAAUCACUGGAUAAAACAUUUACAUUUACUGUAUGAUAAUUGACCAUCAAUCUUAGAUAUAUGCUGUAUAAACAUACAAUCAAACUAACACUACAGGAUAAAAUAGUUUCAAAACUGAAUGCAUCUAUUAAUCACAUAGAUGUGUAUCUUCUGAAGUACCUGUUUCAACAAUCCUCACAAACAACUUUGAAGAACUUUAUAACUCUCCAUCACUAAACAUUCACCCAUAACAACCUGGAGACACUUUAAUUACCUUUGAUAUGCCCAUUUUGCUCAGACAUUGCAGUACAUUAUGUACAGUCGUCCUGAAUAUACCGCAUCUUCCUAAAAUUUUAAAUCAAUCAAAUGUUUAGUGUUUUCCAAGGUACAAUAGUGAAUACAUCUUUGAAAUGAGAUACUGUAGGUUGGGAGCGUGCACCGAUUACAGCACGUUGCCACACCACACAGAUUAAAAUUCAACUGCAGCCAUGCAACGGAUGACACCUCAGCACCAGA